UCGUCGCCGACAUGGAGGUGGACGUCGACGAGGACGAGGCGGCACAGCAGAGCCCCCUGGAGGCGCUGCUGGUCGGCAACGGCAACUACCCGGUGAUGCUGGACCUGCCGGGCGACGACGAGGCGAUGGUGGAGCUAGCCAUCGCUCUCAGCCUGCAGGACCAGGCCGGUCAGCAGGCAGGCGCGGAGUCGCUGUCCCUCUCCUCGCAAUCGCAGGCGAGCGGUCACUUGUCCGAGGGCGGCCAUUAUUCGGACACGACGGCGUCGGCGGCCGGCAGCGACGACGACGAGGGCAGCACCGCAGCGACGGACGGCUCGACGCUGCGCACGUCGCCCGCGGAGCAGGCAGGCAGUCAGAGCUCUGAGAGCGAGCACAGCAACAUAGACUCCGUAGAACAGAACGGUGUUUUCUAA